UUUCGCUAAUCGAUCCAAUCUUUCGCCAUUAAGAAACCAAAACCUAAUGAUAAGAUGAAAUGUUUUUGUGUUAGGCAGAGCUGAAAUACCUGCUCUCCCACUGCUUCCUUCGUCAUCAUAACUGCUCACUUCUGUGAGUUCUGUCCACCUAAUAAGAUGUGAUUUAUAUUUUUUAAAUGAUAUUUUUCUUAAGGCAGUAACAGUGGCCCCCUCUCUCUCUCUCUCUGUUGCUGAGACAAUUAAUGCCUGGUUCAACUCGCUCUGGUGGGUCGUCCGUCCUCCAGAAAAUCUCUUGUUUGAACACCCGUUGGAAGAUCUUUUGCAAAUUGCAAUGUUCCUGUUCAUGAUAACUCCAUAAUCGCUCCAUCUUUUCGAGAUGGGUCCUGUGAUUUUUUAUAGAUUCCGUUGUUUGGAAGCUUGGUAGUGCCUCUCUGCUGAUAUCAUUUCAGUGGGUUCCCCAUUUCUGCUACUGGUAAUGCCUUCUUCUUGAUCCUUCUUGAUUAUUUCUUCUUCCCACACAAUAUACUAAGAUUCUCAGGAGAUAUCAGAAUAGCAGCCAUAGACAAUGCUGCAUGUUAAUUGCCGCUCAUCCUCUUCGUGUUCUUGUCCUUCUUCUACCAUUUCUUCCCCACACUUGAGUUUGCAGAGUUCAAUUUGCAGCUGUCCUGAUAAUUGUUUGCACAAUGAUAUGCUACAUACUUCACCACAAUUAUCCUAUAGUUCUGAUUCUUCUGCUGCAGAACUGAUCAAGGAGAUUGCAGCACUUGAGGUGGAAGUUACGCAUUUGGAACGACAUCUUCUUUCACUAUAUCGGAAGGCUUUUGAACACCAUCUAGCUACCUUGCCUUCCACUAUCAUAGAAGAGGGCUCUAGACCUGACUUGCCAUCUAGGACAGAAUCUCCUUCACAGGACAAAAGAAAUGAAUUCUGUUGCCAUAAGGAUGCUGAUGUGCUCAGCAAUGACACAGUGGAGCAUAAUGGAGUUGCCCCUGAACAUGGUUCCGUUGGUUCUGAUAAUCCCAUUCACCCUCCUCCAGAUGUAACACCUAGAAUGGAUGGCAAGAAUGAUGAUUCAGGGUUCCGCAGCCUUGCAGAUUACCUUGGUGCUUCUUUGAUAGAUGACAUCCCUGAAACCCCAGAUAGACUUUCUGAAGAAAUUGUAAGAUGCAUAUCUGCUAUUUAUUGCAAACUAGCCAAUCCCCCUCUACCCCAGAUAGGCUUGUCAGCAUCUCCAACUUCCUCUUUGUCCUCUUCUAGUACCUUUUCACCUCAUGAUCACUGGAGUUCCGGAUACAGCGAAGAAACUCCAGAGAAUCCUUCUCAGCUUAAAGUGGAGAAGGAUAAGAAUGAGCCAUAUGAUGCAAUGCUAGAAGUUUUGAAGAUAUGUGUAGAUGAUGAAAGGUUUAACUAUGCUGCUGCCAUGCUUCAAAGGUUUAGGUCACUGGUUCAACAUCUUGAGAAGGUUGACCCGAGGAAUAUGAAGCGUGAAGAGAAGCUUUCUUUCUGGAUCAACAUCCACAAUGCCUUGGUGAUGCACGCAUACUUGGCAUAUGGAAUACAUCAUAAUUGCAUCAGAAGUACAUCCAUGGUACUAAAGGCAUCAUAUAAUGUCGGGGGACAUUCAGUAAAUGCUUAUAUGAUACAAAGCUCCAUCUUAGGAUGCCAGUUGCGCCAUUCAUCACCGUGGCUACAGACAUUGUUCUCACCAGGAACAAAGUUGAAAACAGGGACUCGCAAGCAUAUCUAUGCCCUUGAUUACCCUGAGCCACUUGUUCAUUUUGCACUUUGUUCAGGGGCCUACUCUGAUCCUGCGGUCCGAGUCUACACAGCAAAGAAUGUGUUUCAAGAGCUCAGAGUAGCCAAAGAAGAGUUUGUCCAAGUUAGUGUCCACAUCCAGAAGGGAAUGAAGAUUAUCCUUCCAAAAAUUCUUUACUAUUUUGCUAAAGAUGCUUCCCUAAAUUUAUCUGGACUUUUGGAGAUGAUACAUGAAUGCGUAUCAGAAACCCAAAAGAAAUCUAUUGUAAGAUGCAUUAAAGGAAGGCUUGACAAACACAUUGCAUGGGCACCACAAGAUUCUGCCUUCCGGUACAUGAUCCACAGGGACUUGGCCAAAGAAAGAGUAUUCAUGUAAUCAGCCUUUGCUCUGUAAUCAGUCGUAAAUUUAAACUCGUAUGUUGUAAGAGUUGUUACUGCCUUCAUGUAAAGUCAUUGUUAAUGAUAAUACCACACCUUGGGAAAUGAUUGAUGGUGGGAGGACUCCAAUCAAACAUGGUGCUGUGCUGUUAAUAUGUACUAACAAUUAUGAAAAUAAACUUUUCUUGAAUUGGA